GUUGAAAUGAUUGCAUCGCUUAAAUUAAAUGCGACUACACAUUAGAACAAUUGAUAAGAUCAAAAUUGUUUUUCUCUUUGUUCUCUUUGUUGGUCUUGAUUGUUGAGACCAUCUAACGUUUACGCCAGUUCAAGAUAAGCCUUUAUACCCAUUUAUUAUAACAAUAGUUGUGAUUAUACCAACCAUCUUCAUGACAUUAAUUUACCUGGUUUGUGUGGAGCAGAGGACUCGCCCCUGAUAAUCAAAUUGUCAAUCUAAUUGAAUUCGAUUUGAUUCUAAUUGUGUCAGUCGAAAAUCAAUAGAAUCAAAAUCUCUCUAUUGCCCUGUAAACCAUUGACCAGCUAUACUGUGCGAAUUGAAUAAGUCUAACCAGAUCAAUUAAAAGUAUUUGAGAUUCAGUCGUCUAUUUGGUUAUCUAUUCAGACAGUUAAUAGAUAAUCAAAAAACAAUUCGAUAAAAUAAUAGAAUCACAAACAGUAAAGUUUACCUUGCUUCUUCUUGCUCCAUAUUUACCUACAAAAACCAGGUUAUUAACAAUAAAGAUAAACAUUGAACGUUCUCUUAUCUCUCUAUGGUAACCUUAUCUCCUAAAAUUAGGUGUUGCUGGUUGACAUCUUAAAAGUUAACGUUUCUUAGGCUUUAUAUUGUUUCUUGAAUAACUAAAGUCGACUAAAAUCUGUGAUAAUUUGACUGUUUCAAAGGCUUUAAUUGUUUAAAAUUAAGAUAACUUUAAAAAACUUUUACGUUAUUAACAGUUGCACGAGAAGAUAAUUUGUCGGACAAAGUUUGGUUAAAAUAUUCAAAUUACAUUUGAGUGAAAUCAUCUUGAAUGUAGAUUAAUAAGUUUACUUUUUAUUUAAGUUUCACUUUAUUCUGGUUUCAUCUUCAACACCAUUAUCAUGCCUUUUUAUACAAAAAUAGGAAACUUUGCCGCUGUAACUUGGUGUUCAUUUGGUUCUGCUCUAAUCGGCUUGUUCCUGAUGUUGAUUGGCGGAAUCCUCACUGGUAUUGCUUACACAGAAAUUACUCCACCCGAUUACGAUGAUAAUUACAAGAGGUAUAUUGGAUCAAAUGUAUUAAGAGUUGUCGGACCCUUUUCGUUUGGAUUUGGAGGGUUACUCGUUCUUGGUAGCUGUGGCUUGUUUACAUUUGCUUUUGUAAGUGAAAGUCGGAAACAUCGUGGUAGCGCUGGACACAUUAAUUACGAUUCAAGAAUCGCAGAACCCGAAGUGGAGAAACUCCAGAAUCCAUGAAUGGAUUACUAAUACAGCUUUUUUAUUCCGAUGAAGGAAAACAUUUUAUUUAUCAGUUUACGAUGUAACCCAUCAACAUCUGGAGUGUUUUAAUCCAACUAUAAAGCAUUUUAAUUUUCAUAUCGAAAGCUACCUCACUUUUGAUUACUGAUUUGACAAUUCUUUUGAUAAUAUUACUUAACCAUGAAUUCAAUUUGUAUUGUCAGAUAAUGGUGAUUAGGAAAUCAAAUUCACUGAGUUGAUUGCUGAUCUUUAAAGUAAAGUUUUCUUUUGUAUACUCGCCAAACUUAAUUUAUAAUUUAUUGAU